AUCAGAAACUCACCGAAGCAGGACGUGCAGAACCUCCACAGAACCUCCACAGAACCUCUACAGAACCUCUACAGAACCUCCACCAGAACCUCCACCAGAACCCCCACCAGAACCCCCACAGAACCUCCACCAGAACCCCCACAGAACCCCCACAGAGCGGCGCACUCCCCGGACUCGUGAUGAAGGAGACCGCGGCGAAGCGACGGGAAAAAGCGGCGAAGAAGGAGCCGAAAGAAACGAAAGGCCCCGAACCUCAGGACGUGGACAUGCCCGAGGAAGAGGCGCCUCCUGCGGCCACAGCAGGAGAACAGGACGGCCUCACUCUGGAGGACAUUAAGGAGCACGUGCGUCAGAUCGAGAAGGCGGUCCAGGGGAAGGAGCCGCGGUUCGUCCUUCGCGCCCUCAGAGCUCUGCCCGCCAUCACCCGCCGCCUCAACGCCAACGUGCUCCACAAAACCAUCUCCGGCUUCUACACCAGCAACGCCACCGCCAGGGACUACCUGCUCAGCUUCCUCGAGGAGCCCAUGGAAAUGUGUGAAGGGGACGUUCAGUUUCGUCCUCGUACGGGAAAAGCUGCGUCUGCUCCUCUGCUCCCCGAGGUCGAAGCUUUUCUCCAACUGCUCCUCAUCAUCCACCUGUGCUCCACCAAGAGCUACACACAGGCCCAGAAAGUCUCUGAUGACCUGAUGCAGAAGAUUUGCUCAAAGAACCGCAGAGCUCUGGACCUGGUGGCCGCCAAAUGUUUCUACUACCACGCGAGAGUGUACGAAAACUUGCAACAACUACACACAAUACGCAGUUUCCUCCACACGCGGCUCCGGACGUCGACGCUCAGACAUGACACGGACGGACAGGCUGUGCUCCUCAACCUCCUGCUGAGGAAUUAUCUGGAGUUUAACCUUUACGACCAGGCCGAGAAACUCGUGUCCAAGUCUGUGUUCCCCGAGGUCGCCAACAACAACGAGUGGGCCCGAUACCUCUACUACACAGGUCGUAUCAAGGCGAUCCAGUUGGAAUACUCGGAGGCUCGACGCACUCUCACCAACGCUCUGAGGAAAGCUCCACAGCACACGGCCGUGGGCUUCAAACAGACGGUCCAUAAGCUGCUGAUCGUGGUGGAGCUGUUGUUGGGGGAGAUUCCAGACAGACUGCAGUUCAGACAACCGUCCCUCAAGAGGUCCCUGCACCCCUACUUCCUCCUCACACAGGCCGUGAGGACGGGGAAUCUUUCGAAGUUUAAUCAGGUUCUGGAGCAGUUCGGAGAAAAGUUCCAAACGGACGGAACCUACACCCUGAUCAUCCGCCUCCGGCACAACGUCAUCAAGACAGGUGUGAGGAUGAUGAGCCUGUCGUACUCGAGGAUUUCUCUGAGCGACAUCGCGCUCAAACUGCAGCUCGACAGUCCUGAAGACGCAGAGUUCAUCGUGGCCAAAGCGAUCCGAGACGGCGUGAUCGAGGCCAGUAUAAACCACGAGAAAGGAUUUGUCCAGUCCAAAGAGACGAUGGACAUUUACAGCACCAGAGAACCUCAACUCGCCUUCCACCAACGCAUCUCCUUCUGCCUGGACAUCCACAACAUGUCUGUGAAGGCCAUGAGGUUUCCCCCCAAAGCCUACAACAAGGACCUGGAGUCUGCAGAGGAGCGGAGGGAGCGGGAGCAGCAGGACCUGGAGUUUGCCAAAGAAAUGGCCGAAGACGAUGACGACAGUUUCCCCUGAGUCCCUGAUCCUGGUCCUGGUCCUGGUCCAGGUCCAGGUCCAGACCCUAAACCUCGUGUUCCUUCUGAGUUUUGUUUUCUGAAAUGUUCAUGUAAAACUGAAUAAAUUCCUGCUUUUGUCUGAAAA